AAUGCGGUCACACCCCAUACACAACUGCAGUGCCGCGCGGGGCGGGGCGUUUUUCGUGAAAAUUUACGCACGAAAUUUUCCGUAGUUUUUCCCCCAAAAAUAGUACACCAUUUGUUUAUUUUGUUUUGUUUUUUCUGUUCAAUUGCACACACGACUGAAGGAUCAAGUUAAAUAGAAGAAGUAGUGUACGCGACAGCUUAUAUGAAAAUGCAGUGCAAUUGUGUUUAAGGAAAUCCCGUUCGCAUGGCUGGAAAGUGUUUAACAAAAUUAUAGCCAAACAAAAUGCAGCAGCAGAAGCAGCAACAAACAGGCUGACUAACGCCGCAAAAAGAAGGAAUAGAAAAUAAAUCACAUACUAACGCGUGGAAAAGGGAGUAGGAAAACACAGUCGGAUAAAGAGGAGUAGUACCAGGAAAACACAUGCAAGAAGAGUAGCAUAGCAGGAGGAAACACUCUGGGAAAACGGAGUAGUAAAAGGAACACACUUCACACAUACAAAUACUCGUUGGAAAAAAGAGGAGCCCAAGGAGGAAAAGCCAAGAAAGAGGCAACAAAACACAAACGCAACUUGCAAUUGGAAUUGAUAUUCGAAAUUGGAGUGGGAAGUGGAAAAGGAGUGGGAAGUGCAAGUGUUGUGGGAAGUCGGAAAAGGAGUGUAGGAUUGAGGAGUGGAGCGAGACGUAGGAAAAGGAGUGUGAGGGGAAGUGUAUUGUGCAAUUGGGCAACAUAUCCAACAAUAAGAGUGUGUUUGCCAGAGCGAGAUAGAGCCAGAGAAUUGCAUGUGUGUGCAUGUGUGGGUGUAGUUGUUGUCUCUCCCCAGUGCAUAAACUGUGCUCGUGCUCGUGCUCCAUUCGGCUUCUUCGCCCACGCACUUACCCGAAGCGAAGUGAUAGAGAGAGAGAGAGAGGGAGCAAGAGGAAGGCCCAGGAAGAGCGGGUUUUAAGAAACAAGAAACUGCAUCAAAAGCGAAAUGCAAAUCGAGCCGACCAACGGUUAACGCGACUCAAAUUUGCUUAAAUUACGACGAAUAAGUGUAAAACAAAACGAAGAAACCUGCUUCUCCUUUUCAAUUGCAUUUCUUCAAAAAUUUGUGUGCAAUAUAAAAAAAAACUCCAGCGAUCGCACAAAAGGCGCACACUGAGAGACCAGAGCAGAGUAACCAGAGAGUGACACAGAGAGAGAGAGAGAGAUAGAGAGCAGUGACAGCAGACAAAGAGAGCACACUCGCUCGCUUUUACAGCUGCAGUGCCCUGCUCGUAGUCCUACAUACAAUACCACCCGCGCCCCCGACCGACCCCACUCCCUUCUUCUGGUAAUAUGGAUUUUGGCGGUCUGGCAGCACAACAACAACUAUUACAGCAACAUUUACUACAACAACAACAGUUACAUCUGCAACAACAGCAACAAAAUCUUGAGGACACAACAACAAUAAGCAAUAUAAACCUCAGGGGAAUCUUGGUUGGCGGCAGUGCCGGCGGCGGAGGAGGAGCGACGACAGGCACUGGCUGUGCUGGUGGCGGGGAUUGUGGAGUUGGUGGUGUAGUUGUAGGCGGCGCUGGUGCUGGCACUGGCGGCGUCAAACUGCGAAAGAACAGCGACCGUCCCCUAACGAAGACGACGACGACGACGACGACGGAGGAGGAGGCUGCCACCAGGCAACAGUCGCAGUCGCACACGUACCGCAUCUCCAUGGCCAACCUGGAGGACACACAGGAGUCCGAACUGGAUCAGAUAUUGGGGGAGCUGAGCUUGCUGGAGGCGCAGAUAAGCUAUGGCGAGGCAUCGUUUCUGCCUGGCGCUGGAUCAGCAUCGGGAACGGGAAUGGGAACGGGAACAGGCGCAUCGAUUGCAGGACAUGCUCCUGGAGGAGGAGGAGGAGUAGCCGCCGCCACAGUGAUGAUGCCCCCCUCCAUUAUGUCCUCGGCCGCCUCAUCGCGCUCCCAUUCGCGCACAAACAGCAGCAUCUCUGCGGAUGUGAGCACCUGCUCGUCAUCGGGCAUAUCCGAGGGUGGUGCGGGGCCAUUGGGUGGAUCUACUGGAUCGGGUGGAUCCAUCGCCUCCUCGGUGAUGGCUGGCGGCAUGAUGAUGAUGCCUCAUCAGCCGCCCACAAACAUAACCAUGGGCAUCACGCUGGGCGUGGUCACGCACCGAGAGCCACGCACCGAAUCGCCGGACAAUGAUUCGGCCUUCAGCGAUACCGUUUCGCUGCUGUCCAGCGAGUCAUCGGCCUCGUCCAACACCUCCAUGCAGCAGCAACAGCUGCAACAGCAGCAGCAGCAACAACAGCAGCAGCAACAACAGCAGCAACAACAACAGUUGCAACAGCAGCAGCUGGUGGCCCAGAAGCGGCAGGGAAGCGGCGGCAACAGCAGCUCAAAGGCGGCCAAAAUCCAGCUGGCGCUGCACAAACUAGAGAGCGCCUCCAUACGACGGCUCUUUGUGAAGGCCUUCACGGUGGACGGGGCCUCCAAGUCGCUGCUGGUAGAUGAGCGGAUGGUCUGCGGUCAUGUCACACGGCUCCUGGCCGACAAGAACCACGUCCAGAUGCAGCCAAAUUGGGCGCUGGUCGAGCACCUGGGAGACUUGCAAAUGGAACGCCUUUUCGAGGAUCACGAGCUGCUGGUGGACAAUCUGAUGGCCUGGAACUCAGACGCCGGCAAUCGUGUGCUCUUCCAGCAGCGCCAGGACAAGGUGGCUCUAUUCUCGCGGCCCGAAGUGUAUCUGCCGGGGCCACAGAUGGCGCCCGGGUGCCAGCACGACGACCAGACACGGCACAUGCUGCUCGAUGAGUUCUUUGAGACGCAUGCCGCCCAGCUGCAGCUGGACGGGCCGCUCUACAUGAAGGCGGACCCCAAGAAGGGCUGGAAGCGGUACCAUUUCGUGCUGCGCUCCUCGGGCCUCUACUAUUUUCCGAAGGAGAAGACCAAGAACACCAGGGACCUCGCCUGUCUCACCCUCUUCAGCGGCCACAAUGUGUACACGGGUCUGGGGUGGCGCAAGAAAUGGAAGUCCCCAACGGACUACACCUUUGGCUUCAAGUCCGCCGUCGACUCGUCGCUGGGCAAGUCUUGUCGCUCGCUGAAAAUGCUCUGCGCCGAGGAUCUGCAGACGCUGGACCGCUGGCUGACCGCCAUCAGGAUCUGUAAAUAUGGCAAACAGCUGUGGCACAACCACAAGCUCCUCAUCGAGGACCUCUGCAUGGGGGACGGCGUCUCGCAAUCGAGCUUCGCCUCGGCCUCGAUGCGCAGCAGCGAGUCCAUAUCGAGCAUCUCCUCGGCGGUGCCCUCGCAAUGCGGCAGCGUCUCCUCGGCGAUCAGCAGCAUGUCCAUGUCGAACUCCUCGAACAGCGGCCGCACCUCGCGCGCCUCCAGCUCCAGCUCGAGCGGAUGCCUGUCGGACGACAACAAUGGCUUCGAUUCGGAGUUUACGACCGGCACCAUCAAGCGGAAGCCCUCGAUGAAGCCCAAUCUGCCGCUCACCACGAUGACGCGCCAGCUGAAGGAGGUCGGAGAGAUCACCAUCUGCGAGAGCGGCGGCGGUGGCCUGGGUGGUGGGGGCGGGUGUGCCGGUGAGGCCAGCUCUCCGGAGCGCAGUGGCACCCUGACGCGACGCCACAGUCGUCGGAAGUCGCAGGAGAGCAACGGAAGCGGCACCCUCAAGCGACGGCCCGUUGUAGUCCCGUCAUCGGUGACUGUCAAGCAGCAGCAGCAGCAGCAGGAGCAGGGCAGUGCCUCGUCGACAUCGUCGAGCAGCAACUCAACGCCGACGCCAACGCCCAGCAUUUGCGCUGCCAAGGCGCUGCCACUGCCACUGCCGCUGCCGCUGCCGCCACCAACCACAUUGAAUCUCGGCGAUGCCUCAUCCAGCGAUGCCUCACUGAUGUGUUCGUCCACUCUAUCGCUCGAUUCGCUGCCACCGCCGCCGCCGCCGCUGUCGGCGCACGGUCUGGACGGUGCCGACGACCAGGACGUGUAUGGAUCGCAGUUGUCGUUGGCAUCGUUGCCGCCACCGCCGCCGCCCGAGGAUGUGAUGGUGAUGCAUGCCAUGGCCUAUGCAUCCGCCGGACCAGCGCCGCCACAGGGACAGGUGUCUAGCCCUACCACGCCCACGCCCACGUCCACGCAGCAGGGAAUGAUGAUGCCCAUGAUGGGUAUGGGAAUGGGAAUGGGAAUGGGAAUCAUGCCCAACAGCAACGGAUCCCUGCCGCCGGCAGUGCCGGCCAAGCCGAUCAAGCCGGCGGUGAAGCAGGCCUCCCUAAAGGCAGCGCCACCGUACAAGGCGCCGCCCGACUACGUGGGACCGCAGAGCGGGAUCGGUUUAGGACCUCCGCCUGCACUGCCGCCACCCGCGCCCCAGAAGAAGGUCUCCUUUGCCGACUCGCCGGUGCUGCUGCGGCGAAAGAUGUGCUCCCCGGAGCCGGUGCUGCCGCAGCGAUCGCCCAGCACCACGCUCAGUACGGGAUCUGGAUCUGGAUCGGGGUCGGCGUACCAGCAGUACGCGCCCGGACCGAUGCUGCCGCCGCGCACAGAUCUGGCGCGUCUCUCGGCCCAGAGCAAUGGCAGCGGCAGCGGCAGCUGCUGCGAGGUGACAUCGCCCAAGCGGCUGCAGGAGUCCGCCUCGAAUCCGCCGCGUGACUUUCUCAAGGAUCUGCAGCGGGUGAUGCGCAAAAAGUGGCAGGUGGCACAAAAGUGCAAGCUAGAGCCGGCCACAACGCCGCACGAGGUGCUGGGCUUCAGGGACUUUAGCAACGAGGAUCUGCUGGCCGCCCACAAUCUCAAUUCGGGGGCCAACUCCUCGCACUAUUAUCGCGAGACGGCGAAUGUCAGCCACUGGGUGCGGGAGCACUACGAGUACGCGCACAAUGCCCUCUACGAGAAUGUGCACGCCCAGACGAAUGGAUCGGGCGUUGGGGGGGCAUCGAAUCUAGGUCCAGGUGGAAUGGCCACAGACGGUGCUGCAGCUGUUGCGGCUGCUGGCGGCAUGCCAGCGCCAGUGGUGGCACCGCCAGGGAUGGGUGUGCCACCUAAGAAGCGUCCACCGCCGCCGCCACCCAAGCGGAGCGACAAAACGCACCUGACGACCAAUCGAGUGUAGGAGUGUGGUGUGAUCCUGCCAUCCAGCAGGCGCCGUUGCUGCUGCAGGAUGCAGUAGGAUGGGAGCAAAGUAGAGUAGAGACAUCGGAUCGGUUCGGAUCGGAAACACCUUUUUCUUUGUUGUACUUGAAACCAGAAGAGAGAAUCAAAUGCGAAUACAAAUACAAAUUCCUAUUUAAGUCUUAGGCGGAAACAAUGGAAUGUGUCCCUAGAAACGAUCCACACACACACACACACACACACACACACACACACACUAACUAUAGAUACUAUAUAUAUAUAUAUAUAUCCUGCGAGUAUAUGGCGUAUAUGUAUCUGCUAAUUCUCUUACACAAGUAUUAUGUAUAUCGAAAGGGAGCGAAACGCAGGAUCUUACAUCUUAAAUCUUAAAUAACUCGAAUGCGCCGAUUCAUUUUAGGAAAUAUACAUAUAUUUUUAAGCUAAAUUUUAGAUUGUAAAAAAAGCGAUAAAGGUGUAAUAUGUAUAUUUUUUUUGUGUAAACGAUAGUGCAUUAUCUUUAAAAAAAAAAAGAAACGAAAAUCGAUGUAGAUCUAAUUAGCGUCUGAGAUAAGUGUAAAAUGUUUUUAUAUACUAUUAUGCCUGUUUAAGAUUUUGUAUUUAUUAUUUUAUUUUAUUAUUUUUUUUUCAGUUUUUUUUUUAAAUUUUUUAUUUGCAAGCGCAUCAAAUGCGUGGCUCAGGCCGAAGAAAAUGGGAAAUCGAACCGUAUAAAUCGGAAGCCCUACAAUACAAUGCGUAUUAUAUGACUAUAUAGAUCUAUAUAUAUUUAAUGUAAAUUUGUUUGAACUCAAAAUUCCCCCAAAAACAAUUGUACGCGUUUCCCCUCAAGAAUCGAGUAACUAAAACUAUAGUAUAGUAUUUCCUUUGGCCCUUUAGAGUCUAUAGAAUCCAAAAAUCAUUAACAAAAAUGGAAAUACUUGAUGUAAGUGAAUUUCCUCAUGACAGUUGACCUUUAAACGCAGAAAUCGUCAUUCAAUGAGUGAAUAUUUCUAUGAAUCCCUUAAGAAUCCAUAGUCCUAUAUGGAUUGUACUUAUUUUGAAUCAAAUCUUCAGAUCAGAGAGAAACCCCUUCGAAUGGAGGAUAUAUAUAUAUGAAAUAUAUAGUAUAUUGCGCAUUGGUAUGGGUAAAUCCAACUAGUUUUUAAUGAAAACGCAUCGCAUUGAGCGUCGUCUAUAUAGAGUUAUUUCUGUACACAAAUCAAAUAUUGUAUUUCAUCUAGUACUUGUAAUUGUAAUUGUAAUAAUAUAAUGUAUUAAUUAAUUAA